AUGUACGAAGGGAUUGACAACCUGACAUCCCUUUACGACCGUGCCGGGAAGACUUUCUCCGGCGGUCCUUCUGCGGCACAGGAUGUGCCGCGUCGUACUGCUCAACCAGACCCAGUAAGUCAACCAUCAGUUGGGAGCGGGGCUCCAAAGUAUCCCAGGACGGGGGAUAGCCGCGCCACCGGACGAGGUAACUCGUCCGACGUCCGUUCACAUCGCGGUGGUUCAACAGCCGCUCAACCAGAUAGCGCUGGCCACCGCGAGAGUCCUCCAAUGGAGAUGGAUGAGGAGGAAAGACGCUUUCCAAACUAUCGUAAGGGAGCGUGCGUCCCCGAGAGCUUCGUUGAUCGCGUAAUGCAAGGGUUACGCGGCGACCUCGAACAUGAGCGGGACAGGCGUAUUCAACUGGCGGACACUGUCUUGAAGCAUCGAGCUGAUUUUGUUUUUGCUCAGCUUGAGAACGAGAGAGCUUUGACAUCUCUGCGUGACGAGCUAAGGGUAGCUCGUGGGGAUGUUGAUCGGUGUCGGGCUGAGAUAACCGCUCUCCAGACCCUUGUCGAUGCCCAUCAUCGGGAGCACAAGGCUCUCUGCGAGAUGCUUGAGCGCAAGGGCGUUCUUCAUCGGAAGAAGCAGCGUACUGAUGAUACGACUUGA